UGGAAAAAUGUUGUAGGUUAAGGUCAAUAACUGUUCAAUCUUCAUAAAAAACAGGUGUAUCUUUAUGAUUUGUUAAGUUUCGCGGUUUUUGGACUUCAACGAGAAGAUAUAAUUGAUUGAAAUGUCUAUUAACGACACAAAAGACGUAAUUAUGAUAGAUGACGGGUAUCAAGUUACGGAGGACGACGAGAUAAACGCCAUCGAUUAUGAGCUGCAACAGAUAGAGAACGAGCUGCAGAAAUUGCAAGACCGUAAGAAAUUGUUGACGCAAAGGAAAGAGAAAUUGCGCGACGAUGCUCUGUUGAAGAAGAGUUUUUCUCUGUCCAAGAAAAAUUGGGACAAUACAGAUUUUGCUUGGUCUAUAAAACUCACAGAAACAUUAAAGAAUGUAUUCAAGAUAGAAAAGUUACGAGAGUUACAAUUACCAACUAUGAAUGCAAUCAUGUCUAAGGAAGAUGUCAUAUUGAUCAUGCCUACGGGUGGUGGGAAGAGUUUAUGUUAUCAAUUACCAGCUGUGAUAAGUAAAGGUAUAACGAUUGUAGUUUCACCAUUAAUAUCCUUAAUGGAAGAUCAGUUGUAUGGAUUGCAUAAACUCGAUAUAAAGGCUAACAUGUUAUGUGCAAAGGCAGAUAAGGAAAGUGUCAAAACGGCUAUGACGGCCCUCAUGGAUAAAAACUCUCCUCUUAAAUUGAUUUAUGUGACACCUGAAUACAUGGCAAAGUCCAAUCGCUUCAUGAAUAAACUACAAAAAGCGUAUGAGUUGGGGCACCUGGAACGGUUUGCGAUCGACGAAGUGCAUUGUUGUAGUCAAUGGGGACACGAUUUUAGACCCGAUUACAAGUUCUUGGGAGUACUGAAAUCCAUGUUCCCUGGAAUACCGAUUCUGGGUCUCACUGCAACGGCUCCGGCCAAGAUCAUCGUAGACGUGCAGAAAAUGCUAGACAUUAGUGGUUGCCUAGUUUUACGAGCUCCAUUCAACAGACCCAAUUUAUAUUAUGAAGUUCGUCGCAAACCGGCAGAUAAGGAAACGUGCCUCGCGAUGAUAGAAAAUCUGUUGAAGAAUCGGUUUAACGGCAAGUCGGGCAUAAUUUACACGACCACAAUUAAAGACGCGGAACAGUUGACAACUGAUUUGAGAGACAGAGGUGUCAAGGUUGGAUGCUAUCACGCAAUGCUCGAAGCCAAUUACCGGUCAGAAGUUUACUCCAAGUGGAUGUCGGGCAAGUAUCAAGUGGUAGUGGCAACUAUCGCUUUUGGAUUAGGCAUCGACAAGCCGGAUGUGCGAUUCGUGAUUCAUCAUUGCGUUUCAAAGUCGAUGGAAAAUUUUUAUCAAGAGAGUGGUCGAGCUGGUAGAGAUGGCAAAAAGUCGGUGUGUCUUGUACUCUAUAGAUUAGCGGAUAUAUUUAAAUUGAGUACCAUGGUAUUUCAAGAUAAAGUUGGAUUACAAAAUUUGUAUAAAGUAUUGGCGUAUUGCUUAGAUCAAACGUCUUGUAGACGGAGUUUAAUAGCGACUCACUUUGAGGAAAAUUGGAAAGAAAACGAUUGCGCAGAAAUGUGUGAUCAUUGUAGGAAACCUGGCGUUAGAAAGCAGAUCGACGUAGCGCAGUACUGCAGACAAUUGUAUCAGAUUAUGACUAAGGCUGUGCAAAACGAAAUACGAUUGACUGCAUUGAAACUCGUAGAUGCUUGGUAUGGUAAAGGUGUCUCGUCACUGCGAGUUUCUAACGUGCCAAAUUUUACGAGAGAAACCGGAGAGGCUAUUAUAGGGUAUUUAUUGAUAAACGGUUACCUGCAAGAGGACUUUCAUUUUUCAGCAUAUUCUACGAUAUCGUAUCUUAAACGCGGACCUAAGUCAGGAUUGGUUCUUGACAACAAUCACAAGAUACUCUUUAACUAUGAGCUUCACUAA